UUGGCACUUUUGUAUUUUAAGGAAACUGUCUUGUUUUAUUAUUUUUUUUUGUUUGACGACGCUUGAUCUGUAGUAGCAGCUUCAUUGUAUGAAAAUUGAAAAACUCAGAGAAAAACUCCCAUCCAAGACGACAAUCAUGAGCGGCAAGGCGGGCGUGGUGCUGAAUUGCCGCACUUGUACAAGGGCCUGCAAGCAGCACAAGGCGCUUCAGGAUGAGAUCGAGCUGGGCCCCGCCGAGGGCACCACUACACUGGCCAACAUGCUGAACUACUGCUCUGGCCUGUCUUUCGAGCCGCAGGACGGCGCCGCCAUGCCUCAGCAUAUUUGCCUCCACUGUCUGCAGCUCCUGGAGCAGGCCUUCAACUUUAAGCGUAUGGUGCUCGAUUCCGAUGAGCUACUACGCCUCGGUUUGGACGAAAUCGCCCAGGGAAGCCAGCUGAAAAACAGCCAAGAACAGCAAUUUGAGCAUGAAACCGAUGUGUCGGCAUCAGAGACACUUCCCGAAACGGAGACGUUGCCCGAAGAAAACGAGGAAUACGUGAUGAUCGAAAUGCUCGGCGAAGAACAGGAUCCAGGCAUAUUGAACGAGGGGGAUUUGGAGGGAGAACAUAAGCUGGGUGCCAUAAUGGAAAUAACACAGGACGAGGAGGAGUACGUCAUUGAGGAGGUGACCGAACAGGAGAUGGCCGGCUCAGAGGACAAGGAGGAGCACCUGAUCGUCGAGGGCGUCCACGAGUACCAGCCAGCGAAUGUCGAGUACGUUACGAUUAAGGAUGAAUACCAGGCAAUGAUAGCCGAGGAGGAUGACAUCGAGGUAAUGGACGAGUCGGCCACUGGUGGCGAGAUAAUCCAAGCCCAGAUGAUUGUGAUACCCAGCGACGGGGUGAUGGCCGAGGAGACUCUCGAAAUGGACGAGAAUGGGACCGGAGAGCAUUUGAUACAGGAGGAAGUCUGCGAGGAGGAUUUUCUGGAGGAGUCACUGGACUCGGUGCCGACAAGUACAAACGAAACUUUGCCGCAUGUGUGCAAGGUUUGCCAGAAGGGAUUCCGGCAGCUGUGCCGCCUCAAUCAGCACAUGCGCAGCCAUGUGGACGAGAAGCAUUACGAGUGCCAGGAGUGCGGCAAGCGACUGAAGCAUAUGCGCAACUACAAGGAGCACAUGCUCACCCACACGAAUAUCAAGCCGCACCAGUGCGACAUUUGCGGACGGUAUUAUCGCACCACCUCCAGUCUGGCGGCCCACAAACGCAACCAUGCCGACGACAAGCCCUAUACGUGUGAUCAGUGCGGACGCGGUUAUGCCGCUCUGGAUCAUUUGCGUCGCCACAAGCUCACCCACACUGGUGAGCGUCCCUAUGCCUGUGAUUUGUGCGACAAGGCCUACUACGACUCCUCGUCGCUGCGCCAGCACAAGAUUAGCCACACCGGCGAGAAGGCCUACACCUGUGAGAUCUGUGGCGUGGGAUUGUCGCAGAAAUCCGGCUACAAAAAGCACCUGCUGGUCCACUCCGGUGCCAAGCCGCACAAGUGCCACAUCUGCGGACGCGCCUUCACCUUCACCAGCAACCUCAAUGCCCACGUUCGCCUACACUCCGGCGAAAAGCCAUUCAAGUGUGAGUUCUGCGUUAAGGCCUUUCCCACCAAGAAGCGUCUGAACAGCCACCUUCGUGUCCACAACAAGGAGCAGUCUAGCUCCACAAAUACCCGCAAGGCGAUGGCGGGCGGCAACGGUAACGCUGGUGGGAAUGAUGUACCUGAUCAGCCGGUGUCCAAGUCCAAGGUAGUGGUGGUUCUCUAAACAGCAAAUAGCUUUUCGACAAUUAUUUAAGAUUAUUAUUAUAUCUAAAUAUUAUAUAUAUAUAUAUUUAU